GUGGCCGAAGUGGGCGGGCGGAAGGAUUGUUGUGUUGGGGACGGCGCGGUGGUUGAAUCGUUAUCGGUGAAGAAACGGGAGGAGGUGGCAUGUGCCGGGCACUGAUCUUCGGGUGACAGGGUUGAAUUGUACGAGUGGAGCCGUUCAGCAGUACAAUGAGCUGGGUGGUGGAAGCGUGGAAGGAGGGUCUCCCCACCAAGACCCUUCAGAAGAUUCAGGAGCUGGAGAGUCAGCUGGAUAAGCUGAAAAAGGAGCGACAGCAGAGGCAGUUCCAGCUGGAGUCUCUGGAGGAUGCCUUCCAGAAACAGAAACAAAAGGUAGAGAGUGAGAAGAGUGAGGCGACGUCCCUGAAAAGAGAGAAUCAGAGCUUGAUAGAAUUAUGUGACAGCCAGGAGAAGACGAGGCAGAAGUUGGCCCAUGACCAGCAAAUGAAGGACACCCAGAUCAACCUCCUGGAGGGCCAACUGAUCGCAAGUAAAAAGCAGAUUGAGAAGCUGGAGCAGGACCUGAAAAGAUACAAGAGUGACCUGGAGAGGGGUCAGCAAUCGUUUAAUGGGAUGGACAUGUCGGUAUGCGUCACUCCUCAGAAGAGCUUCGCUGCUUCAUUUACACCUGUCAAGUUCGAUGAGUCAAAGUAUGAGGAGCUGCAGGACAAGUACAAUAAAGAAGUGGAGGAGAGGAAAAAGCUGGAAACUGAAUUAAAAAUUCUUCAGAUUAAACUUUUGAACCAGAAUGCCCAGCCUACUUCCCAGAACCCCAUCAAUCACCGAGACAUUGCUCGCCAUCAGACUUCUUCCUCUGUCUUCUCCUGGCAACAAGAGCGUACGCCGAGCCGCGUUUCCUCCAGCAGCCACGACACGUCACUCAAAAGGAGCUUCUCUUCCACUCAGUGUCCCUGGGAGCAGGAGGAGACGCCAAGCAAAAGAGGCUACAAACCCGAUACCUCCAACAGAAGCUUCUGUGAUCCCCAGAACACCGCAGCAAGUGACCAGCUCAAGAGCCAAAACCAAGAACUGCGAUCCAAAGUGAACGAGAUGGAGCUGCGAUUGCAAGUUCAAGAAAAAGAGCUGAAAAAUCAACUGAAUAGACUUCAGGAGACCCAGACACUGCUGGAGAAGACUCAGGCAGAACUCCAAGAGAAAGACAAAGUGUUGACAAAGAGUCGCGAUGACUUGGCCCGCGUGACCUUACAGUACGAUCAGACGGCAGACAGGUGUGCGCAGACUGAACAGAAACUGAAGAAGGUUACCGAUGAGCUAAGCUGUCAGAGACAAAAUGCUGAAAGUGCCCGACUGACUGUAGAGAACAAGCUAAAGGAGAGAGAAAAGGAAAAUCAACAGGAACUCCUCCGACAACAAAACUCCUUAAAGAACAUGGAGCAGCAGUUGAACCAGAUGAAAGCCAAACAGAGCCAGGAGUCCCAGCAAGCCAAGAAUGAAUUUAAUGCCAUCCAAUCAGAACUUGACCGUGUGGUACACGGGAAGAAGGUGUUGGAAGGUGAAGUUGAGGAACUGAAACAGAAGUUAUCCAAAUCAGGACAGACUCUGCAAGCAAGCGAGAAUCAAGCCAAUCAGUUUAGAAAAAACCUUGAAGAAGCCAAGUCUCAGCAAAAUGCAAUUAGAAGCCAACUGGAUCAGAAGACUAAGGAAGCUUUGAAAAUGGAGGAGGAAAUGAUUGUAGCAAACCAAACUAUACGGCAAAACCAGCAGCUUGUGGAUAAACUGACAGACAAAAUUAGCAACUUGGAAGCAGAGCUGAAAUGCGCCCUACAGAAACUACAUAGUCAAGAUUCAAACUCUGAAAGCUUGCAAAAUCUGAAGGUGACCCUGGCUAAUCUGGAAAAAGAGAGAGAUCUUGCACAAAACAAGCUAAAGAAAAUGGAGAACGAUGUGGAAGAGACCAAGAACGCCUUAACUAAGAUGGCCGAGGAGUCGCUGGCUUUGAAGAAGCAGCUUAAUUAUAAAGAAAAAGAAUGCCAAGAUUUAAUCAAUGCAAAUUCCUCCCUUUCCAAAUGGAAGAAUGAGCAUGAAAAUUCUGCUUCUCGGUCCUCCAUAGAAAGAGAAGAAAUGUUGGCAAGAGUGAAAGAGUUGGAAUCUUUGAUCCAGAGUCAUACGGACCAAGUAAAUGCUCUAGAAAAUGACAAGCAGAAUCUGAACACACAGGUAAAAAAUAUGCAAGAGCUUGUUAACUUGAAAACCGCUGAUCUAGAGGCCCAACAAGUUACCUGUUCAAAAAUCCAACAGCAACUGGAAUCCGAAGGGCAGAAAUACCAAAAUGAUAUAGACUGCCUGGUAAAGCGGAUAUACGAACUGGAGGCUGAAGUUAAACUUCGAGAAUCGGCAGACGGUUCGAGCCAAGUGUCCCACUUGGAGAGCGAAUUACAGAACCAGAAGAAACAAUGGGCUGAAUUACAAAGUCAACGUGAUGAACUUCUGAAAAGCAAAGUGGAUGUUCAGAAUGAAAUGUUACAAAUAAAAGAAAUGCACGAGAGCUUUGUUUCUGAAUCUCGAUGCCAGGUUGAAAGCUUACAAGACAACAUAUCCUCCAAACAGAGUUAUGUUGAUUCUGUUGUUUCUGCCAUCAGGGAAAAGGAGGAAGAAAUUGGCAUGUUGUCUGAAAAACUGAGACUUGCUAAUUCAGACUUGGAGUCUGCUAAUCAAGGUAACAAAGAACUUUAUGAUCAACUGCAGGAGCUGAAGCAGCUGUCGGAGUCUUGGUCCAUAGAGAGGGAGUCGUUAAUUAGUUCAAAUAAAAAAGAAAUUGAGAUGCUAACUGCAGACAACAAACAAAUUAAAGAACUCGGCAUUAAGCUGAAUGAGAAGCCACAGUUACAGAAAGUGAAUGUUGACUUGGGCCCUGUGAUUGACCACAAUGCGAAACUGGAUUGUGCUGACAGCAUGGAGGAAGAAUGUGCCACCGAUGGCUACAAAGGUGUAAAGGAAAGUUUGAAAAUGGAGCAGGAGGAAUUCAAAGAAAAGUUGGACAGGAUUCAAAAGGAGAACACUCGUCUACUUGGAGCAAAUGAGGAGCUGACGGCACUGGUUGGAAGCCUCCGAAAUGAACUUUCACUUAAUAAAAUCAUGGAAGAGUUGAGAGUGUCUUUGAAAAAACGUCAGACUCAGUUGGAAUCUUCGAAAACGGAGUGUGAGACUGAAUCAGUACUUGUAAAAGAUAUCAACAAGUCUGUCAGUAUCCUAAACUCGCCAAUCAAAGAUGUUGGGGGCCAAAUCCACGCAAGCACUGAGCAAGAAACCUUACCGAGCAUCAGUGGUUUGAAAAAGAGAGAGAGCAUUGAUAUGGAUGGAAAUCAAACUCUAAUGUCUGAAGUGUGUGGAUCACUUUUUGAUGAUAGUAAAAUACUUGAUGAUGAUGUAAAUGAAGAGACCCUUCCUUUAUCGCUGGUACCACAGCACCAUGAAGGGAACGAGACCUUGUUGAUACAUCUAGAUCAGCUUACUUUGACGGGCACGGAUGAUGUUACCAAGUCAUUGUCUCAACUCCUGGAGCUAAACCAUCUUCAGGCCCAGCACACGACCUCCUUGUCUCCUUUUACUUCUCCAUCUGGUAAAGUCAACAGCGAUGAGACUGGUGGAGAAACAAAGAGAGACAGAAAAUCUAUUUCCGGUCAGCUUGUUGACUUGAUCCUCCAGCAAUCUCCUGAGAAGCAACAUGUUUUAUUUUCUCGCUUGACCAACGAAGAACCCUGCAGCAUAGAAGACUUGCUUACAGUUUAUCAGGUGGAGCUGGAUAACCUACGCAAAGAGCAUUUAGCUGACAUUUCAGCAUGGCAACAGAAAUUAAAUGAUCAAGCAUCAGCAAUGGAAGCCAAGUUGUCGGAAGAGAAGGUUCGCAGUGACCAGUUGUUACAAGAAUUAGAGGCUGCAAAGCUUGAACUCCAGGUUCUCGACUUAAGUGCACGUUCCCUAUUGUUUGAUAGUGAAGAUAUAACUACAAGACUUGAUGCCACCAAUCAAAGCCUCUGCACUUAUUUGCCCAUUGGAAGACUUUCGCUUGGCAACCAUGAAUUCAGAAAAAGUGACACUCCAAAGCAAAGCCAGGAAAAAACCCCAAAUAAUUCUGAAGGAAGCACAGAGGAUACUAGCAAAGAGGAAGACCGUGAAAACAAAGGAAACAGAAGGUCUUCUAGGCAGAGGAAGAAAAGGAAAACUAACACAGCAGAUAAGCCAAAGGUCAGAGGAGUUUCUGAGUGUUCCCAGGUAAAGACUCCAGAGUCUUCAAACGAAAGAGGGAAUCUUCUUCAACUUCUUAAGGAAAAAGACAAGAGUAAUCAACAUUUGAUAAUGCAAAUAAAAGAGCUCUCUUUGCAAAUUGAGAUACACAAGACAGAACAUAGCAUUAAGGAGGGUCAAAACCAAGAACUAGAACAAAAGUCAAAGGAACUGGAAAAUGAAAGAUCGCAGUUGUUGGAAAAAAUUGACUUGAUUUCCACCGAAAAACUGCAGUCAUUGAACAGAAUUGCUGACCUUGAAAAAGCUCUUCGUGAAACAUUGACAGGGAUGGAACUUCUCAAAACAAAGAUUUCAGAGUUAUCAGAAAUAAGAGACCGUUUAGAGCUGUCAAAUGAGGAAUGGAAAGAAAGCUAUCUUCAGGCAGAAAAUGAAAUAAGAAGAACCAAGUCAGAAAAAACAAAUAUCGAGACUCAUGCAUUGUCUCUAGAAGCAGAUCUGGAUUCCCUUCAGUCUAAAUGUCAGCGUUUACAAGAAGAAAGUGAAAGCCAUUUAAGAUCUCUAAAUGGAUUGGAAGAAGUUUUCAAAGGGGUCCAGGCAGAGAAAAAUCAGUUGACUCAAGAGCUGGAAAACUUAGCGGAAGAAAAGGAAGAACUCGAACAAAUGAACAAAAAACUAAAGGAAAGAGAAACUGAGUUGGAAUCCAAUAAGGAAAACUCCAAGGAGCUCAUAAAGAUAUUGGAAGCUGAUAUACGAUCUUUGAAAGAGAAGAUCGAGGUGGCAAAUUUGACCGCGGUAGAGUUAGCGGCAGAAAGGGAGAACAUGAAUCGAUUACGGGAAAAUGAGACCUUGCAAAUUCAAGAGCUGCAAAGUCAGGUGCAGCGAGUACAAGAGGAAAAGCAACUUCUGUUCCAUGAAUGGCAAGAAUUGGAGACCCAGCUGAGUUCCUUUAAUGAAGAAAAGAGUGAACUCUCUCGCUUACUGGCACGUUGCCAGGCAGAGAAACAUGAAAUGACCACCAGGUUGAACUCUGCUCAGGAAGAAGUGGCUCUCAUGCGGACAGGAAUUGAGAAGCUUAAAGUUAAAAUUGAGUCAGAUGAAAAGAAAAAACAUCAGGCCACUGAGAUGCUAAAACAAAGUGAAAGGAAAUUUGACAAUCUCAAUGAUAAGAUUGAGUCUUUGGAGCGAGAGUUGGUCAUGACUGAGGAAAAUUUGGAAAGCGCUAUCCUUGAUACUGAAACUGCAAAGGAGGAGACAGAAAGCUUAAAGUCCCAAAAAGAAGCCCUAGAGAAGGAGUUAAAUACAUUAAGGAAAACACUUGUGGAUCUGGAAAAUGAGCUUCAGAAUAGCCGGGCAAAAGUCAUUGAAUUAGAAACUGCUAUUCUUAAUCUCACAGAGACUCUGGAAAAAAGAGAAGCCGAGCAUACUCAAUUCAAAGAAAGUUCUGAGAAGGAACUUGAGAUGCUUCAAACUCAAAUGAAUGACACAUGUAAGCAGAAAGCUCUUUCUGACAAGAAAUUUGAAGCGAUCAUAGUUGAGCAUUCUGAAAUCAGAGUUAAGAUGGAACAAGAUAGAGAACAAUUGGUACAACAGUUGGAAGAAGCCCAGUUGGCAAGCAGUGAUCUUAGGGGAUCUGUAGAUAAACUCUCAGUGGAAGUAGAAGAGUGUAAGCUCCAACUAGCCGAAAAGGCACAACAUCUCACAGCUCUUGAGAGCCAACUUAAAGAUUCUGAAGAAUGGGAAUCCAAAUAUUCUUUAGAAUGCUCUCAAUUAGAACGGGUGACGGAAAAUCUGAGAAAUGAAAAGAUGAAUUUGCUGUCAAAAUUGGAAGAAUUGGAAAACAAGUUACAGACUGUGACAGCAGAGAAUGAUUCUCUUCAAGCUAUCAUCUCUGACCUCAAACUAUCCUGUGAGAAUUUGGUUUCACAGUUAGAAUCUGCAAAUUCAGAGAAAAUGGCUCUUCUAGAAAAGAGAGAAGCUGAGCAUACUCAAUUCAAAGAAAGUUCUGAGAAGGAACUUGAGAUGCUUCAAACUCAAAUGGAUGACAUGUGUAAGCAAAAAGCCCUUUCUGACCAGAAAUGUGAAGAAGCUCUAGCUGAACAUGUUGAAAUCAAAUAUAAGAUGGAACAAGAGAAAGCACAGUUUGUACAACAGUUGGAAGAAGCUCAGGUGACCAGCAAGGAAUCUGUAGACAGACUUUCACUGGAAGUAGAAGACUGUAAGCUCCAAAUAGCUGAAAAGACAAGGCAUCUCGUCGCUCUUGAGACCCAACUUAAAGACUCAGAAAAUCAGGAAUCAAAAUACUCCUCAGAAUGCUCUCAAUUUGAACAGGUAAUGGAAAAUCUGAAAAGUGAAAAGAUGGAUUUGCUGUCAAGGUUGGAAGAGAUGGAAAACAAGUUACAGACCAUGUCAGCAGAGAAUGACUCCCUUCAAACUAUCAUCUCGGAACUCAAAACGUCCUGUGAUAAUUUGGUUACACAGUUGGAAUCUACACAUUUUGAGAAAAGAGCUCUUCUAGAAAAGAGUGAAGCUGAGCAUGCUCAAUUUAAAGAAAGUUCUGAGAAGGAGCUCGAGAUGCUUCAAACUCAAAUGAAUGACCUGUGUAAGCAAAAAGCCCUUUCUGACCAGAAAUGUGAAGACGCUCUAGCUGAACAUGCUGAAGUCAAAUAUAAGAUGGAACAAGAGAAAGCACAGUUUUUACAACAGUUGGAAGAAGCUCAGGUGACCAGAAAUGACCUUGAGCAAUCUGUAGGUAGGCUGUCACUGGAAGUAGAAGACUAUAAGCUCCAAAUAGCUGAAAAGACAAAGCAUCUCAUCACUCUUGAGACCCAAUUUAAAGACUCAGAUGAUCAGGAAUCAAAAUACUCCUCAGAAUGCUCUCGAUUUGAACAGGUAAUGGCAAAUCUGAAAAGUGAAAAGAUGGAUUUGCUGUCAAGGUUGGAAGAGAUGGAAACCAAGUUACAGACCAUGUCAGCAGAGAAUGAUUUCCUUCAAACUAUCAUCUCAGAACUCAAAACCUCCUGUGAUAAUUUGGUUACACAGUUGGAAUCUGCAAAUUUUGAGAAACGAGCUCUUCUAGAAAAAAGAGAAGCUGAGCAUGCUCAAUUUAAAGAAUGUUCUGAGAAGGAACUUGAGAUGCUUCAAACUCAAAUGAAUGACCUGUGUAAGCAAAAAGCCCUUUCUGACACGAAAUGCGAAGAAGCCCUAGCUGAACAUGCUGAAAUCAAAUAUAAGAUGGAACAAGAGCGAGCACAGUUUGUACAACAGUUGGAAGAAGCUCAGGUGACCAGCAAUGACCUUAAACAAUCUGUAGGUAGACUGUCACUGGAAGUAGAAGAAUGUAAGCUCCAAAUAACUGAAAAGACGCAGUGUCUCAUCGCUCUUGAGACCCAACUUAAAGACUCAGAAGAUCAGGAAUCAAAAUACUACUCAGAAUGCUCUCAAUUUGAACAGGGAAUGGAAAAUCUGAAAAGUGAAAAGAUGGAUUUGCUGUCAAAAUUGGAAGAAUUGGAAAACAAGUUACAGACCAUGUCUGCAGAGAAUGAUUCUCUUCAAACUAUCAUCUCAGAACUCAAAACGUCCUGUGAUAAUUUGGGAACACAGCUGGAAUCUGUGAAUGCUGAGAAAAGAACACUUCUAGAAAAGGUGGCUGAACUGACCGACAACUGUUGCCACCUACAAAGUAAGUUGCAUGAUGCUGAUCUGCACAUCAAAACUGCUGAAGAUCAAAGCUGCCAAGAUAAGAAGGCACUGGAAGAGGAGAUGCAUGUCAUCAGGCAGCUACACGAGGAGAAUUGCGCUCAGCUCCAUUCAGCUACAUCCCAAACUGCAGAACUAAAAGAGACCAUCGCAAGUCUGCAGAGUGAACUGGAAUCUCAGGCAAUCGCACACAGGAAUGAUAUUAUGGAGUAUGAACGGCGUCUUCUUCAGACGGAGUCUAUCCACAAAACAGUUCUGGAUGACGCGGUGAAACAGCAUAAGGAAGACCUAGAUGGUUACCAAAAGCAGCUGACCUCCAUAGAAGCACUUCUCGCUGCCCAGAUACAGGAGAUUGAUGGCUUGAAAGCCAAUAACACCGAAGUGAACAAUUCAUUGUGUCAUGCUCAGGAGCAGCUGGCAGGACAGAAGGCUCGUAUUGAUCACAUGACACAGGAAAACGCGGCAGCUUCUGAAGCCCUCAAUCGCUGGGUGAACUCCUGUAAACUGCUGGAACAGGAGAAAGAAGAGCUCAAGAAACACAUCACACAGCAAGAGGAGACCUUAUCACACAAGCAAAAAGAAGGAAUGGACACCAGUGCAAAUGACCUCGUAUCCGAGAUGGAGGAACUGAAGCAGUGCUUGGAAGAGAAGACGCAGGAGGCAGAUGACAGCAUUGAGAAAUACUGCAAUCUAAUGAUUAAGACACACAAACUGGAGGAGAGCAAUGACAUGCUGAAGAAACAGGUGGACUUCUUGAACUCGAAGCUGAAAGGAUUCGAAGUUAAGGAAGAGAAUGGCGCUCCAUCCUCCGUAUUGGACCAGCCAUUACCUGAGGGCCGUCCACUGUCGGUCUCGGACAAACCAUUACCUGAGGGCCGUCCACUGUCGGUACCUGGGGCUGAGAGGAGACCCCAGAAGAGCAGGAGAUCCACACAAGGGUCUGGGAAACCAACGAAUAAGCGGCGGAGAGACUCUGAUAACGCAGGGAGCGCACCUACAACACCCCAGUGUGUCACCAAGAAGGUGAAGAAAGCACCCAUUACCCUGGCAGAGGAAGAAUUUGAACCUGAUGGACUUCCCGACGUUGUGAGAAAGGGUUUCGCUGACAUCCCAUCAGAAAAGCGAAGUCCCUUUGUCGCUAGGAGGACGACUGUGCCGCUGCGGAAAAGCCCCCGCCUGGCUUCACAGAAAAAUUCCCCAUCCCUCUUCAGUACACGCAUGGGCAAUCUGGAGAACCUGGCUGUCCUUUCCAGUCCAACACCAGGGGGCAGCAAAUCACAGGAGACAAAGACUAAGACUCUGGAGGCCAUCGUGAUGAGAGGCUCUGGGCCAGCGGACGGUCAGUCCCCUCUUUCUACCCACAACAAGAUGAAAAGACGCCUGUCAGAAAUGGGCACCCCGGGCAAGAUGGACACAGCGGCUGUGCUUGAUGACACGGAGGAGGAGGGGAAUUGCCAAGUGCAGUAAUCUUUAUACACGACAUUGCUGUGCCCGGGGAAGGCGCACACAGACUGACCGAUAAUCCAGUAUUGGAUGGAACUGUUUUUAAUACUAUAAAGAAGAAUAGACAUUCUGACUACACGGGCCGAGCCCAGAAGCAUGUCUGUAAAAAAAUUAAGAUAUUUCUUUUUUAUACAUAUUUUUUUAUUUAUCCGUUGCUUCCUUGCUUUAAAACAUAGACUUAUUCAUCAAAACCGUGAUGGCGUACAAACUGCAAUCAUUUUAAGCAGUCAAUAAGAUUUUAUUUUCUGUAGUCUGGUCAGUGGUGUAGUCAUCAAUUUGUUACUCUACCCACGUUGCUCGUACUCCUAAUUGUUGGCCACUCUUCACAGAUUCUGCACCGAGGAAUGACCGUUUUUAUGUUUAUUUACUGCCCCCUACAGGUGAAGACAGGCAAUGGAGUUACCCGUGGCAUGAACCUUUCCUUAGCCUGGGUACACACUUGUGCAGCUCUGCGAGUCACGUUUUGCCCAGACACGGCAGCCUAUUCGCUUCUGUGCCUCCCAAAAAUGCACCUUCUCUGAAAAUGUGGCCCACACAGAAAUGACAAAUGCAGUGCAGUCCCCAGUUCGGGAAGCCACCUUGCAGUUUCCAGUGCGUAGGGGUGCUGCCAUUAGGCGAGGGCUGCAACUAAUGAUUAUUUUCAUAAUCGAUUAGUUGGUCGAUUUAUUGUUUCGACUAAUCGGAUAAUCUUAAA